AUGGGCCUCUCCAAAACCAACAGGAUCAUAAUCCUGUUGGUCAUCGACUCUGCGUUCUUUCUCCUAGAAUUGAUAGUUGGCUAUGCCGUCCACUCGCUUGCCCUUGUUGCUGAUUCGUUUCAUAUGCUUAAUGAUGUUCUGUCCUUGUGUGUUGGUUUAUGGGCCGUGAAGGUCGCCAACCAGGAGACCAAUUCCACCACUUCCAAGAUGUACACUUAUGGAUGGCAACGUGCGGAAACCCUCGGAGCCUUGGUCAACGGUGUCUUCCUCGUCGCGCUGUGCAUGUCGAUUUUCCUAGAAGCGAUUCAACGUCUGGUGGAACCCCAGGAGGUGCAAAACCCGAAGCUCGUUUGCAUUGUCGGUUGCUUUGGUCUUUUGUCGAAUAUCUUGGGUCUCCUGUUGUUUCACGAUCACUCCCACGGACAUGGCCACGGUCAUAGCCAUGGUGAAGCCCAUGGGGUUGAGGAUGUGGAUGCCGCUGAGCAGGGCUAUAUUUCCCAUGGCGGAAGUGACCCCGCGCGGGGAAUCGCAGACGAGUGUACACUCUCUUCUCCCGAUACUCGAAGGCGCCGAACCCUUGAUAGCCAACAUCGCGGAUCUACCAGAUACAACAGUAACGUGGAAGACAUCCAGGUACACCCGGCGACAAUGAGACAGGAAAUCAUCGGUCGCAGCCGCUAUGUUGAUGAGGAGCAGUCGUCCGAGUCGGACAGCGACCAAACAAACGUCGCUGAAACAUCAGAGCGAUCGGCUCUCCUUAGCCACAAAGACCGAGCGCGCAAGUAUACCGACGAAGCAAACACAGCCCUUUUACCAAAUGCUACAGUGGACGACGACGUCCAUAAAUUCCAUAACCACGCGCAACCCAAGUCGAAGGACUCCAAGCAUGGUCAUAGCCAUGGUCACGGCCAUGGACAUGGACAUGAUCUCAACAUGCGGGGCGUCUUUCUUCAUGUCAUGGGUGAUGCUUUGGGCAACGUUGGUGUCAUAGCGUCUGCCUUGGUUAUUUGGUUGACUGAUUACGAAUGGAGGUUCUACGUUGACCCUGGCAUUUCGUUGGUGAUCACGGUGAUCAUUCUUGCUUCGGCCAUUCCUCUUUGCAAGGCCGCAUCGAGGAUCCUCUUACAGGCUGUUCCUCCCGGUAUGAGCAUUGACCAUAUUAAAGAAGACAUCGAGAGGCUUCCUGGUAUCAUCAGCUCCCACGAUUUACAUGUUUGGCAAUUGAGUGACACGAAGCACGUCGCUUCGAUCCACAUUCAAGUGGAUACGGAGAUCAAAGGGGAGGGCUCAGAGAGGUACAUGCGCCUGGCCAGACAAGUGAGAAGAUGCCUCCACGCCUACGGCAUUCAUUCAACUACGAUCCAGCCCGAAUUUGCACCGGGAAGCGAUGUUGAAGACAACCAACCCGCUUCAUCCUAUUCUAGCAACGGCCCUUCUAGUCUGCGAGAGGAAGACUCGCGGGCGUGUCUCUUGGAAUGCGGCGAUGGCUGUACGCGAGGUGGAGAAUGUUGUCCCAAGACCACCACCUAA